AUGUAUCGCAUCACCAACAUCUACGUCCUCGCUGCGUUCGGCACCAUCGGUGGAGCCCUCUUCGGCUUCGAUGUGAGUUCGAUGAGCGCCUGGAUUGGCGCAGAGCAAUAUAUGGACUACUUCGGCUCCCCAAAUUCAGAUCUCCAAGGUGGAAUCACUGCGUCUAUGUCUGCUGGCUCCUUCGCCGGUGCUAUCGGAGCAGGCUGGUUAUCCGAUCACCUUGGUCGGCGCUAUGCCCUCAUGAUCGCCUCAGUGGUGUGGAUUAUCGGUGCAAUGGUCCAGUGUAGCGCGCAAAGUGUCACCCAUCUGGUAGCUGGCCGUGUGGUCAGCGGCCUUGCCGUCGGGGUCACCUCGUCACAGACAUGCGUCUACUUGUCCGAAUUGGCGCCGGCACGGAUCCGCGGGCGCAUCGUCGGCAUGCAGCAAUGGGCCAUCGAAUGGGGUAUCCUGAUCAUGUUCCUGAUUGCGUACGGCUGCCAUGUUGGCCUGUCCGGCCCGUCGGCAUUCCGCAUUUGCUGGGGUGUGCAAGCGAUCCCCGGUCUUGUUCUGUUCAUCGCGCUCUUUUUCUUCCCCGAAUCGCCUCGCUGGUUGGCCUCCAAGGAACGGUGGGAGGAGGCUCUACAAACCCUGGCGGAUCUCCAUGCCACGGGAAAUCGUGAUGAUCCCGCUGUCCAAGUAGAGUUUGAGGAGGUUCAGCAGGCUGUCCAUUUGGCUCAUGAGGCUAAGGAUCUUUCAUUCCUGUCAAUGUUUGGGCCUCGCGUCUGGAAACGCACUCUGUGCGGGAUGUCAGUCCAGAUGUGGCAGCAAUUGCUCGGCGGAAACGUUGCCAUGUACUAUGUUGUAUAUAUCUUCGAGAUGGCUGGCAUGACCGGCAACACGACUCUCUGGUCAUCCGCCAUCCAAUACGUGAUUUUCCUGGUUACCACAGGCGUCAUGCUUCCAAUCAUUGAUCGCGUCGGUCGGAGAUUGCUCCUGCUUGUUGGAGCCGUACUCUGCAUGGCCAUCCACUUUAUCAUUGCGGCGGUCAUGGCCACCAAGGGCCAUGCCGUGCCGGACGUAGACGGUAACUCGAAUCUUACCUGGGAGAUCAAGGGCUCUGCAGGCAUGGCGGUUAUUGCCUUCUCUUACAUAUUUACCGCUGUUUACGGACUUACCUGGGCCCCUGCUGCGUGGAUCUACGCUGCCGAAGUCUUUCCAUUGAAAUAUCGUGCCAAAGGAGUUGGAAUUUCAGCCGCCACCAACUGGAUUUUCAACUUUGCACUCGCGUACUUUGUCGCCCCAGCUUUCCACAACAUCCAAUGGAAAACUUAUAUCAUUUUCGGGGUCUUCUGUACCGUCAUGACCUUCCAGGUUUUCUUCACAUACCCAGAGACAAUGGGUCGCACCCUUGAGGAGAUUGAUAUGGUCUUUGACAUGGAUGUCAAGCCAUGGAACACCAAUGAAAUCCAUGAUAAGUUUGGCGAGGAGAUUGAACGACACAUGGAUAAUAGUGGCAAGGAUGCUGCUGGCGCCAGCCAUGCAGAGGAAGUUUGA